CAUAAUUCAAAGAAAAUUUUACUUAACCAAAAGGAAAUUUCCAAUUAAUUCUUGUUUUUACAAAGUUCCAUUAACGCAGGAAACUCAUGCAAAGAAAUAAAAUGAUGAUAGUUUCGAAUAUAAAUUGCAUUGUAUUUAGUUUUGCAAUUGGAAUAUUGAGUGCAAAUGCGAUGCCUUCCGGUGCUAAUGGUAAAUGUAAAUGGAAAAUAGGUAUUAUUGGAGCUGGGCCAAGUGGCCUUGUAAGUGCAAAACAUGCUAUCGACCAACAACACGAGGUAGUAAUUUGGGAACAAGGCGAAGCUCUUGGCGGAAUAUGGUACUAUACAGAGAAAACAGGAAAAAAUAUUUAUACUCCAAUGUAUAAAGAACUUCGAACGAAUGUACCAUACCAACUGGUGGAAUUUCCUGGUUGGCCAUAUCCAAAUAAUACUCAAUCGUUUCCAUCGCAAAAUGAAGUGUGGAAUUAUAUUGACUCUUAUGCCAAACACUUUGGCAUCGACAAAUUUAUUAAUUUACAACACAGGGUAAAUCAUGUCCAUCCAAUCGAGGAGGGCAAGUGGAGCAUCGAAGUCGAAGAUGUGAAGAAAAAAAAGACAAAAACUGACGUUUUCGACGCAGUUUUUGUUUGCAGUGGUGUUUUUUCAAUGUCAAUUUUUCCAGAAAAUAUAAAAGAUAUGGAUAAAUUCAAAGGAAAGACCAUUCACAGUCGAGAUUAUCGUAAAGCUGAAACCUUUCGAAAAAAGAAUGUUCUUGUUAUUGGAGCUGGGCCGAGUGGCAGAGAUAUAGCCAUUCAUGUUGCAAAGCGUGCCAAUCGAGUUACUCUCAGCCGACAUGUACGUAAGGAUGAAACUGCAGAGGAUCUUCAGAGGCUACAGAGAGGAUACGGUCCAAAAAUUACACUCAAAGGUGAAGUGAAGCGUUUAACAAAAAAAGCAGCCGAAUUUGAAGAUGGAACGCAGCAAACCUUCGACACUAUCAUUUACGCAACAGGAUUUGCAUAUUCAUAUCCAUUCCUAGGCGAAGACACGAAAAUUCAAGUUGAUGAUAACUACGUGAGUCCACUGUACAAGCAAAUUAUAAACAUUGAGCAUCCCACUAUGGCUUUUAUUGGCGUAGUUACUGUCACAGCAACAAUGCCCAUGUCUGAUUUACAGGCACGAUUUGCAUUGAAAUUCAUAACGGGAGCCAAGAAACUUCCAUCACGAGACGCCAUGAUGGAAGAUAUGAAUACUCGAUCCGAAACUCUUUGGAGUAACGGCGUUGCCAAAAGUAAAACUCAUGUUAUAGGAUAUGCUCACGGAGACUAUGCCGACGAACUUGCAACAACUGCAGGAAUUCAAAAUAUACCGCGCGUUAUCUCAGACAUGGUUAAUGAUGUAUUCACAACAAUCAGAGUAACAGAUCCAUUUGGAUUUCGUUCACUUAUAUACACCAUUGAAAGUGAUACUGAAUUUUCUAAACGCCGAAUUGACGUCGCCGAUGAUUCGAAAUCUUCUUUGAGAAUGAAAUUUUUGAAAUUCUUUUCAAAUUGAUCUUAAAAAUGCUUUAACAUCUCUCCUGUUAUGAAUUGAACAUACUAAAUGAUUUGGUUAAUACUAGUUAAAAUAAAAAUCUGUCGAAAAUUUUAAAUGGUUAAAA